AUGGUGAAGCUCGCGACGGCCCGCGAGAUCCGAACCUACGGCCCCUGCCCGGGGCGCAACCGGUGGGAGUACAUCAACGCGGGGCUAUAUCUCCUCGCUGCCGUACUCCUCGUCGGCGGCUUCUCUGCACAGCUGUCGCACAACCAGCUCCACGACAAGUCGGGCCUCGCCCUCGUCCUCAUCGCGCUCCUCCUCGUCGCCGCCGUCAACGCCCACGAUCUCGCCGCCCACCUCGCCGGCUUCGACUGCCGCUUCGAGUUGUUCGAGCUCGACCCGCAGCUCGCGCUCGUCGAGUUUGCGGUGCCGGUCGUGUACGUCGUUGGAACCGUGCUCACCUUCGUUGCCGCUCUCUUCUUCGAGAUCCAGAUGGAGAGAGGGUACAAGUACAGGUUAGAGAAGCAUGGGCUGAAUCUACUGAUCGCAGGGCCGGUAUUUUGGGUCCUGGGUUCGAUCCACAACAUCUGCCAGAUCUACGAGCGAGCCGACGGCCACGUCCAGAUCCUGCAGAAGUGCGUCCAGGUUCCGCUGCUGAUAGGCAGCUUGCUCUUCUUGGUCGCAGGGAUCGUUAACCGGAACGACAUCUACGGGUCGGUCGAUUACAGCUUCAAGAUACUAGGGAAGAAGUGGGUAUGGCUGUGUUUAUCUGGAAGCAUACUGUUCUUCGUCGGCGGACUCUUAAAUCUGGUUAAAGUGUUCAAGAUGCAGCAGAUGGAGGGGACGAGGCUCGAGAAGCUCCGCGGAGGUGCGCAGGAGAGGCUAGGGAGCCAGAGGGAAAGCCAAGUUCCCCUCAUCUUAGAAGAAGGUGGCAGGAGAAAGACCGGGUUGGAACAAAGCAGGAGGAAGAAUGAUAGGGAGGAAGCGCGACAGCAAGCGCGGCCCGAGGUGCGGCCGGCCCCUGCACCGGUGCCCACGCCUUCGCCUUCGGACGCGCCGGGGCAGCUUCCGACACCCUACAAGGAUGUUCUUGUUCACGGUGGUAGCCAAGAUUGAAGAUGUGCGUCGUAUGAUUCUGGACUAUUUGUCGGAACAUUUUCGAUUGCUUUUGAUUUUCGUCCCUUUGCCACUUUGUAUCCUUCGGUCGUCAUGUAAGAUCGUUUAGAGAUUCAAUCAUCAAAAUGAUGUCAACUAGUUCAGAUAGUUCCAACUACUUUUUAGAUAUAUACUCAUUUAGACGGUGAAAAUACUCGUUUCAGUCGUGCGGGACUGGAACAAACAUGUUGACAUAUCAGUUUAAGCUUUAACUUGAAGAAAUUUUAUGCACGCAUUACAUCGAACAUGUAACAGGCGCUUUUAAUCGGAGUUUCUGAUUCUAUAUUUUGCUCAUUUCGUAGUUGUUUCAACAUUUUACAACUGUUUAGCACUAUGAUAUAAAAUGCGCAAACGGAAAAAGAGAAGA